AUGAAGGAAAAUGAAACAAUGACAUAUUUCAUCAUAAAGGGAAUCUCUGAUGAUCCUCAGCUCCAGGCUCCUAUAUUUGUUCUGGUUUUACUUAUUUAUCUCAUUGUCCUUGUUGGGAAUAUGAGUCUUCUUCUCCUGGUCUGCCUGGACUCUCAUCUUCAUGCUCCCAUGUAUUUCUUCCUUGCUAAUUUGUCUAUAGUGGACCUGUCAUCUUCCACUGCCACCCUACAUAAGACCCUUCUAAUGUUCAUCACAGGAGAUAAGAAAGUGCCUUAUGUGGCCUGUAUGGUACAGUCACACUUGUUUGGCUCCUUAUUAGCACAUGGAAUUUUCAUUUUGACGGCCAUGAGCUAUGAUCGGUAUGUAGCUAUUUGUAGGCCUUUGAACUAUACCAUUAUUAUGAACUUUAAGAUAUGUCUUCUGUUGGCCGCAUUUUGUUGGACAUUUGGUUUUAUACAAUACACAUCCUUUAUCUGGCUUGUAGCUAAGAUCUCUUGUUUCUCCACCAAUGUUAUUGACCACUUCUGCUGUGACCUUGUCCCCUUAAUGCAAAUAGCCUGCAGUGACAUCACGACACUGAAAGCAUUUUCGAAUUUCCAAGGGCCAUUUCUCUAUAUUGUUAUUCCAUUUCUUCUCAUUUUAACAUCUUAUAUCUUUAUAAUUCGAUCCAUAAUGAAGAUCCGUUCCAGUAUUGGUAGAAGAAAAGCCUUCUACACGUGUUCCUCUCACCUCACAGUCAUCGUGUUGCUUUACACAACAUUGAUCUUUCAAUAUCUUAUGCCGGGUAAUAUCAUAGGCCACAAAAAAUUGUUUUCUUUGUUGAACAUGGCAAUUAUCCCAAUGCUCAACCCAUUUAUAUAUAGCCUUAAGAAUAGAGAUGUCAAAGCAGCUUUCAGUAGGAGGAUUCAAAAGUGUAAAGCAAAUACAUUCUGUUGUAUAAUGGAGGGCAGUGUCAUCGAAAGAAAAUAA